AUCAAUAGCCGUCCCUCUCUUUCUCUCUUUCUCUUUCUCUAUUGUUUUGCUUCUCUUUCAGUCAACUCGAUCUCUUGUUACUGCAUUCUGAAUUCUCGUUGAUCAUUCUGCUUCUGCUUCUAUCUCUGUCUUUGUGAUCUUCUAGUGCGAGAUCCAUUGCGUUGAUUUUGAUCAGUUUGUUUGGAAUUCGAGUGGUCGAUCUGUUUUGCUGAUCAUUGGCGGUGUAGAUCGCCGUUGUUGAGAUCCGAGUGUUCGUUUCCACAGAGAAAAACGAGCUGCUAGUGAGGAUUGUCCAUAUUAAGUGAUGUCUGAUUCUUGUUGAGUUUGAGCUACUGUUUGAUCCUUUAUUGGCUUCUAGGCGAAUAUAAGUAAGCGGUAUGGAGUCAGAAGGAGAAGCAGGGGGAAAGCCUAUGACAGUGUUGGGUGGCCAAGUCUGCCAGAUCUGUGGUGAUAAUGUUGGGAAGACUGUGGAUGGGGAGCCAUUCAUUGCAUGCGAUGUUUGUGCUUUUCCUGUAUGCAGGCCAUGCUAUGAAUAUGAAAGGAAGGAUGGGAAUCAGUCUUGUCCUCAAUGUAAAACCCGAUACAAAAGGCACAAAGGAAGUCCUGCAGUUGUUGGAGAUAGAGAGGAAGAUGUUGCUGCUGCUGAUGGUGCUAGUGACUAUGAGUCAGAAAGCCAAAGCCAAAGCCAAAAGAAGAUUUCAGAGCGCAUGUUGAGCUGGCACAUGAAAUAUGGGCACUCAGAGGAGGUCGGUGCUCCAAAGUAUGAUAAAGAGGUUCCUCACAACCACAUUCCUUUGCUAACCAGUGGACAAGAGGUCUCAGGAGAAUUGUCAGCUGCCUCACCUGAGAGGCUCUCGAUGGCAUCUCCUGGAAUUGGUGGUGGCAAACGGGUCCAUAAUCUGACAUAUUCAUCAGACAUUAAUCAAUCACCAAAUAUUCGGGGCAUGGAUGCAGGAAUGGGUAAUGUGGCAUGGAAAGAAAGAGUUGAUGGCUGGAAGAUGAAGCAGGAAAAGAAUGCUGCUCCAAUGAGCACUGGCCAGGCUGCUUCUGAAAGAGGAGCAGGAGAUAUUGAUGCCAGUACUGAUGUGCUUAUGGAUGAUUCCUUGCUGAAUGAUGAAGCUCGACAACCGCUUUCAAGGAAGGUUUCUAUCCCAUCAUCUAGGAUUAAUCCAUACCGUAUGGUCAUUGUUCUGCGGCUGGUUAUCCUCUGCAUUUUCUUGCAUUACCGUAUAACGAAUCCCGUGCCCAAUGCAUAUGCAUUGUGGUUGAUAUCAGUCAUAUGUGAGAUCUGGUUUGCCAUAUCUUGGAUUUUGGAUCAGUUCCCCAAGUGGCUCCCUGUGAACCGUGAAACAUAUCUUGACAGGCUCUCACUCAGGUAUGAACCAGAAGGAGAACCGUCACAACUAGCAGCUGUUGACAUUUUUGUCAGUACUGUUGACCCAUUAAAGGAGCCCCCACUUGUGACUGCCAAUACCGUGCUAUCUAUUCUUGCAGUCGAUUACCCAGUUGAUAAGGUCUCCUGCUAUGUGUCUGACGAUGGUGCUGCUAUGUUGACAUUUGAAGCUCUGGCUGAGACGUCAGAGUUUGCAAGGAAAUGGGUUCCUUUUUGCAAGAAGUACAGCAUCGAACCCCGGGCUCCAGAGUGGUACUUUGCACUGAAGGUUGACUACUUGAAGGAUAAGGUCCAUCCGUCAUUUGUCAAAGAACGUAGAGCCAUGAAGAGAGAAUAUGAAGAAUUCAAAGUUCGUGUUAAUGGACUUGUUGCAAAGGCACAGAAGGUUCCUGAAGAAGGAUGGGUAAUGCAAGAUGGCACUCCAUGGCCUGGAAACAACACUAGAGACCAUCCAGGAAUGAUCCAGGUGUUUUUGGGCCAAAGCGGAGGACUUGACACUGAGGGUAAUGAGUUACCUCGCUUAGUCUAUGUUUCUCGUGAAAAGCGUCCAGGUUUUCAACAUCACAAGAAGGCCGGUGCCAUGAAUGCGCUGGUUCGUGUAUCAGCCGUUCUUACUAAUGGUCCUUUCUUAUUGAAUCUUGAUUGUGAUCACUACAUAAACAACAGCAAGGCCUUGAGGGAAGCGAUGUGUUUCAUGAUGGAUCCCAACCUUGGGAAAAAUGUUUGUUAUGUCCAGUUCCCUCAAAGGUUUGAUGGUAUUGAUAGGAAUGAUCGAUAUGCCAAUCGUAACACCGUUUUCUUUGAUAUAAACUUGAGAGGUUUGGAUGGCAUUCAAGGACCUGUGUAUGUCGGUACUGGAUGCGUCUUCAAUAGAACGGCCUUGUAUGGAUAUGAACCCCCCGUCAAACCCAAGCAUAAGAAACCCGGGUUGCUGUCUUCACUCUGUGGUGGAAGUCGAAAGAAGAGGUCUAAAUCUAGCAAGAAAGGCUCAGACAAGAAAAAAUCUGGCAAAAACGUUGACCCAACUGUGCCCAUCUUCAACCUGGAAGAUAUAGAAGAAGGAGUCGAAGGGGCUGGAUUUGAUGAUGAGAAGACACUACUUAUGUCACAAAUGAGCCUUGAGAAAAGGUUUGGUCAAUCUGCUGUUUUUGUUGCGUCUACGCUUAUGGAGAAUGGUGGUGUUCCUCAGUCUGCAACCCCAGAAACUCUGCUUAAGGAGGCUAUCCAUGUUAUCAGCUGUGGUUACGAGGACAAGUCAGAAUGGGGAACUGAGAUAGGAUGGAUCUAUGGUUCAGUCACAGAAGAUAUUCUCACUGGAUUUAAGAUGCAUGCUCGGGGCUGGCGGUCUAUUUACUGCAUCCCCAAGCUUCCAGCAUUUAAAGGUUCAGCUCCUAUCAAUCUUUCUGAUCGUCUGAACCAAGUGCUUCGAUGGGCUCUGGGUUCUGUGGAAAUUCUUCUCAGUAGACACUGUCCCAUCUGGUAUGGUUACAGUGGAAGGCUCAAAUGGCUUGAGAGGUUCGCUUAUGUCAACACCACAAUCUAUCCAAUCACUUCCAUUCCUCUCCUGAUGUACUGUACCUUGCCAGCCGUCUGUCUACUCACAAAUAAAUUCAUCAUCCCACAGAUUAGCAACAUUGCAAGUAUAUGGUUUAUCUCCCUCUUUCUUUCCAUUUUUGCAACGGGUAUCCUGGAGAUGAGGUGGAGUGGUGUUGGAAUCGACGAGUGGUGGAGAAAUGAGCAGUUUUGGGUCAUCGGUGGUGUCUCCGCCCAUCUAUUCGCCGUGUUCCAAGGUUUACUCAAAGUUCUCGCCGGAAUUGACACAAACUUCACCGUCACCUCCAAGGCAUCAGAUGAAGAAGGCGACUUUGCUGAACUCUACAUGUUCAAAUGGACCACCCUCCUCAUCCCACCCACCACCCUCAUCAUCAUCAACCUCGUCGGAGUCGUCGCCGGCAUCUCCUACGCCAUUAACAGUGGCUACCAGUCGUGGGGCCCACUCUUUGGCAAGCUUUUCUUCGCGUUCUGGGUCAUCAUCCAUCUCUACCCUUUCCUCAAAGGUCUCAUGGGAAGGCAGAACCGCACGCCAACCAUUGUUGUGGUCUGGUCCAUCCUGCUUGCCUCCAUCUUCUCUUUGUUAUGGGUCCGGAUCGACCCGUUCACGACCCGAGUCACCGGUCCUGAUUCAGAGCAAUGCGGAAUCAACUGCUAGACAAACUGGCAGAUGGAAACGAGCUCGCCUUUUGUUGCCACGCUCCUUGGCUCAAUCAAGAACAAACAAACAAGCCUUGGGGGUAUUUGGAUGGCUUAAUUCUUUUUUGUUUCUUUUUGUUGUAACUUGUAUUUGUUCAUGUAAUAUGCUUUUCACGUGCAGGUUAUAGUUGCUAAGAGCAGAAAUUUAAAUUAAAAUUACGUUGUGUGAGGGUUCUAUUCUUUUGUAAUACCUUGAAAUAACUUAUUGUUUUUUCGGGGGGAACUAUUAA